UUAAAAUGCAAUGACAUCUCCAGAGGUUGUUCCUUGAAUGUCUCAUGGUCAGCAUGGCCCCUCGGACUCUGCAGGAGCUCGUAGCCGCCGCAGCCUCUCUGCACCCGGACAGGACGGCUGUGAAACACGACAGCGGGUCGUCUGCGUCCCUGCUGCUGUACAGAGACCUGGUCGGACUGGCAGGUGGACUGGCUCGUGUUCUAAAGAAGAACUGCUCCCCUAAUAAGGGAGUGAUAGGGCUCUACUGUUCUGAUGAUCUGUUCAUGCCUGUCUGGAUUCUGGGCAUCCUGCAGUCUCCUGCUGCCUUCGUCCCUCUGGACCCAGAAGCUCCAGGACUCCUCACAGCCAGAGUCAUGACCCGAUGUGGUCUCAAGUUCUGCGCUGUGAAGACCGACGUCCUGGAGCGGUUCCAGGCCGCUCUCGUUGAACACGCGUCCGUGGAGGUUUGUGCGACGCUGCCAGAGUUCAGACUGACUCUGGUACGAACGGAGCUGCUGAACGUCGCCGAGCAACGAGGACCAGAACAGACCAGAGCUCAGACAGCAGGUGGCGCUGGUCUCUGCAGCGAUCCAGCUGCAGGGCCAGAGGAGGCCGGGCUCAGGGACUUGGCGUAUGUGCUGCACACAUCUGGAACAACUGGACUCCCGAAGAUCGUGAGGGUGCCGCACAAGUGUAUUCUCCCCAAUAUCCUGCAUCUGAGAUCUUUGUUUCAGAUGAGUGCAGACGACGUGGUUCUCCUCGCCUCGCCCUUAACCUUUGACCCCUCGGUGGUGGACAUGUUCCUGGCCUUGUCGUCCGGGGCUCAGCUCCUCGUCAUCCCGACUGUGAUGAAGAAAACGCCGAGUCGGCUGUCUCGACUGCUGUUCAAGGACAACAAGACGACCGUCCUACAGGUCACGCCGACGCUGCUCAGCCGCUUCGGCCGCCGAGUCCUGAAACAGGAAGUGCUGUCGCCCGGCUCCUCGCUGCGGGUGCUGGCUCUGGGCGGGGAGGCCUGUCCCUCACCGGCUCUGCUGAGGAGCUGGAGGCACCAGGACAACACCACCCACAUCUACAACGUCUACGGCAUCACCGAGGUGUCCUGCUGGGCCUGCUGCUACAAAAUACCAGAGUCUCUGCUGAAGACCCACACCUCGCCGUCCUCUGUGCCUCUUGGGACGCCUCUGAUGGACACAACGGUGGAAGUGAGAGACGAACACGGAAGCGUUGUUACCGAGGGUGAAGGACAGGUGUUCAUAGGUGGAGAGGACAGAGUGUGUCUCCUUGACGACGAGGAGGAGGUCGUUGCCGGGACGAUGAGAGCCACCGGAGACCGGGUGGAGGUCAAGGACAAACAGAUGUUCUACCUGGGACGGAGGGACAGGACGGUGAAACGCCACGGAAAACGGGUGAACUUGGACAGCGUGCAGCAACUCAUAUCCGGUCUUCCUCAGGUGGAGGCCUGUGCCGUGGGUCUGCACGGAGCCACUCGGCUGCUGGCCUUCGUCGUGGCGUCCACAUCUGGAGACCAGAGAUCAGCUUCUCCUCCCACAUCUGCACAGGAGCGAGCGGAACCAGCAGCCCCGGCCGAGCUCGGGGAGGACCUCCCGUCUCCAGAUGGAGGUCUGAGCAGACUGAUCCUGAACCAGCUGUCUCUGCUGCUGCCGUCUCACUGCGUCCCCGACACGCUGGUGCUGGUCCCGGCCUUGAGCCUGACUCCUCAUGGUAAAGUGGACAUGGAGGCUCUAAUGAAGACUUACCAAACACAGAGACGGUGUUUACAGUCUUCACCGUUAGAUUUCACCAAACUAAAGAGAACCCUGCAGUCCUUGUGGAAGGAAACUCUUUCUCUUCCUGAGGAUGCGGCCGUCGACGAGGAAUCCAACUUCCUGUCGGGCGGAGGAGAUUCUCUUAAAGCGCUACGCCUGCACGAAGACAUCCUCGCUGCCGUGGGAACGACCUCGCCGGAGCUCCUGGAGGUCAUACUCGACGGGACGUUCUCUGACGUUCUGCGCAACGUAGAGAGAACAGCACUGACGAAGAGCCAGCCGUCGACGACACAGAAACGCCACGCCGAAGAGCCCUUGUUGGUGCUCGCCAAGAGAGAACGCUCAUCAGCAAGGAGGCCGAAGGCGGAGUCGUGGGCUGUGAAAGUUUUAAGACGAGCAGGUGAGGUGACAGAAAUCAGAAAUCAGCAUCCAAACAUCCAGGCUGAUGCUCUCGGAGAGAAAGACUCCCGUGAGAAACGCAGAGGUGACGUUCUGGGCCUCGAUCUGAGCUGGUCCUCGGACACGGGCCGAUGUGUGGACGCCUCCCCGGUGCUUCUAGUGCAACACAGAACCGAUCCCAGGUCAGACGGCGGAAAAACGACAGUGUUCAUCGGCUCCCACUCUCACAGGAUCCAGGCUUUAGACCUGACUGACGGAGGCCUCCUGUGGGAGCGAGUUCUCGGGGACAGAAUCGAAGCCUCGGCCGCCGUGACUCGCUGCGGGAGCCUCGUGGUUAUAGGUUGCUAUGACGGCAGUGUGUACUUCCUGUGCGCUGCGUCUGGGACGACGCGGUGGACUUUCAAGACUGGAGACGCCGUGAAGAGCAGCCCCGCCGUGGACCCCGUCACAGGUCUGGUGAUAGUGGGCUCACACGAUGGGCAUGUCUACGCCCUGGACCCAAAGGUUGAGCAGUGUGUUUGGAGGCGUCACUGUGGGGGUGGAGCUGUGUUUUCCUCGCCGUGCCUCCACCCGUCCCUCAGGCAGCUGUACGCCGCCUCACUGGGAGGUCAUUUACUCUGUCUGAACCCUGACAGUGGAGAGGUCCUGUGGUCGCACAGUCAAGACAUCCCCUUCUUCUCCUCGCCAAACGCCUCCUCCGGUCAGGUGGCCAUCGGCUCGGUGGAUGGAAACAUCUGCUGCUUCAGUAACACAGGAGCACUGGUUUGGCGGUUUCUAACAAAAGGACCCGUCUUCUCCUCCCCGUGUGUCACCCCGGACCGUCAGAGGCUUCUGUGUGGGUCACAUGACGGCUUCCUGUACUGUUUGAACCUCGCCGACGGCUCUCUGGUUUGGACCUUCCAGACCACGGGGAAGGUUUACUCCAGUCCGUGUGUGUUCGAUGGCUCCGUGGCGGGCAGGACGGGGACUCUGGUGGCUCUGGCCUCCACGGACGGAGCAGUCUGGAUCCUGGACGGUCUAGACGGACGGAUGCUGGCCUCGCUCCGUCUGCCGGGGGAGCUGUUCUCGUCUCCGGUGGUUCAUGAGCGCUCCCUCGUAGUCGGGUGCCGCAACGACUUUGUGUAUUGUUUAAAUCUGACCAUCAAAGACGACACAUGACAUGUAUUUCUGGUUUUAUAUUAAAACUCUUUUAUAUCUGUGUCAGAGGGUGCUUCAGGGAAAUAAAUGUUAAUCAAAGAAUGAGUCCUUCAGUUCAGACAUCAGUAUUUAAUUUACAUUAUUCAUAACAUUUUCUGUCUCUUUAAGAAUUUUCUCUUAAGUGGGACAAAAACUAAAUAAAAGUGCAAAUAAUACCAAACAUUAUUCUCGUUACACAUAACACUGCGUACACGACACUAUUGUGCACGAGCAACGUUAGAAAAAACAAAAUGACAAAGUGACUCUUUCUGUCCGAAGCUCUGGUUUCACCUUCUGACUUCAAACAUACAAACAGAUCAUUUAGUGAGUGACAGGGAAUGAGAAUGCUGGAGGGGUUUGUUCUUUUCUUCUUCUUCUUCUUCUUCUUCUUCUUCUUCUUCUUCUUCUUCUUCUUCUUCUUCUUUCAUAGAGGAAAUGCUUGGAAGUGAUGGCCUACAAACACAGGUGUGUUACGGGAGGACAAGCUAAGAGAAUUGUUAUGUUACAAGCAAGCAGGUGUGUUGUGUUGGUCUCCGUUAGAGAAAGCAAAAGGAAGCAGUGUGCAGUUCACUGUGAAGGCCCCGUAACACUAGUGGUCGUCAGUGCUGUGUUCAGGUGCACCCCACCGUGUGGUUCAUGACAGGUUCUUCAGUUUAAUUGUACAAUAGCCUCUUUGACAGCUUUCACAGUCGUCACGGACACAGUGAGAUUAGAGUUUAAAACAAAACAGAGGAAGGAAGGUUUCUCUUUGUACAUGAUGAACGAGGCUCAGAGACGAGAUACAGUGUCGCUUCAACCAUGGACGGAUUAU